ACCAGACGUCUUCAGGAGGGAUGGUGGUUCUCUAUGAAGGCCAGUCUUUCUCUGCACUGAGGAGACGAUGCCAGCAGAAUGGAAGUUUGUUUGAAGACCCUCUGUUCCCGGCGUCGGACCAGUCUCUGUUCUACCAGAGAAACCAAAUUGGCCAUGUCACCUGGAAAAGACCCAAGGAGUUAAGCAGCGACCCCCACCUGUUUGUGAACGGCCUCAGUGCUCACGACCUGCACCAAGGCCGGCUGGGGAACUGCUGGUUUGUAGCCGCCUGCUCCAGUCUGGCCUCCAUUGAAGCACUAUGGCAUAAGGUUAUUCCAGACUGGAAGGACCAGGAGUGGAAUAAAGAAAAACCAGAGUCCUAUGCUGGUAUCUUCCACUUCCGGUUCUGGAGAUUUGGUGAGUGGGUGGACAUGGUGAUUGAUGACAGGCUUCCCACUCUGAAUGGAGAGCUCAUUUAUUGUCACUCCAACGACCGCAAUGAGUUCUGGAGUGCACUGGUGGAGAAGGCCUACGCCAAGAUGUGUGGGUGCUAUGAAGGUCUGGAUGGGGGAAACACAGCCGACGCGCUGGUGGAUUUCACGGGAGGUGUUUCUGAGCCGAUGGACUUGACUGAAAACGGAUACAAAGAAGAUGAAGAAAAGCAAAGUGAGCUUUUUGAGAGAGUUCUGAAAGUGCACGACAGAGGAGGCCUCAUUAGCUGUUCAAUCCGGGCAACCACUGCAGCAGACAUGGAGGCCAAACUGGCCUGUGGCCUGGUGAAGGGACAUGCAUAUGCUGUGACAGAUGUCCGCAGGGUAAGGCUUGGCCACGGGUUGUUGGCCUUCUUCAAGUCAGACAAACUCAACAUGAUCCGGAUGAGGAACCCCUGGGGGGAGAAAGAGUGGAAUGGGGCCUGGAGCGACAGCUCUGAAGAGUGGAAGAAAGUCAGUAAGAGUGAGAGAGAAAAGAUGGGCGUCACAGUGCAGGAUGAUGGAGAGUUCUGGAUGAAAUUUGAUGAUUUCAUCGCCAACUUCACAGACCUAAUUCUCUGUCGACUUAUCAACACGUCCUACCUUAGCUUCCAUAAGACCUGGGAGGAGGCUGUGAUGUGGGGUUCCUGGCGCCGCCAUGAUGACCCGCUUCUCAACCGAGCCGGUGGCUGCAGCAACAACAAGCACACCUUCCUUCAAAACCCACAGUACGUUUUUGAUGUGAAAAAGUCGGAGGACGAGGUGCUGAUCUGUCUGCAGCAGAAAGACCGCAGAGCCACCCUGAAGGAAGGGCGAGGAGAAAACCUGGCUAUUGGCUUUGACAUACACAGAGUGGAGUUAAACAGGACCUAUCGUAUGCAUGCCAUCCAGCAGAAAGUUGGAGGAAGCAUCUACAUUAACUCAAGAUCUGUGUUCCUGCGCAUCGACCUGACAGAGGGCCGAUACGCCAUUAUACCCACAACCUUUAACCCUGACCUGGAAGGAGACUUUCUGCUCCGAAUCUUCACCGAUGUUCCCUCUGACUGCAAGGAGUUGAUUCUUGAUGAGCCUCCUCAGACCUGCUGGUCUGGGUUGUGUGGUUAUCCCUCUCUAGUAACUCAGGUCCACGUACUUCAGGCCGACGGACUCGCUGCACAGGACUCAGACGGGGUGUCAGAUCCUUACGUGAUAAUUUAUUGCGAAGGAGAAAAGGUUCGCUCUCUGGUCCAUAAAAACACAUGCAGCCCCGUGUUCAACACUAAAGGACUCUUCUACAGGAAGAAAGCCAACCGACCGAUCUGCAUCGAGAUCUACAACCACAACGUCCUCAAGGACUCCUUCAUGGGUCAGGUGACAUUGCCAGCUGAGCAGGGAAAAAUCCAGAAGACGCUCCACCUGAAAGGCAAGGGGGAUCGCCGUGACAACGACCUCCCUGGUACUAUCACUCUUGCCAUAGAGAGCAGCUCAGUGCUGACCAGCAUCUGAGGCAUAUCUACCAGACCAUCGCUACUUUGUUUGCGUUUACUCAGCAGAAGAUCGACUUGCUUCAGGAGAUCAGAUGCAGCAGGCAGUCUGCAGACCAAAUAAUCGCAAACUCAUCAGAAACCAUAAAUGUUUUACAAAACAUCUGCACUCUGUGUAUCUGAAUAUACUGAAAAAAUAUUCAUUUCUGCUUAGCUUAUAAAUGUUUACAGAAAUUGAGCAUUAUCUUGUGAGCUGGCAAAGAAAACAGAUGGAUUCACUAAAACUGAUUCUUAAUUUCAUGUACGUUAUUAUCCAACUGAGCACACACACCUUUUCUCAGGCUGUUGGUGAUGCAGCUACUUUUCCCGUUUACCUUCCAAACUCAAACUUACAAAGCAUGUGUUUAGAUAAACAAAGUGGAUCAACAUAGAAAUCCUAACAUGAAACAAUAUAACUCAGUCUGAUCUGGUGUCACAUUUGGUUUUAUCAGCUUUCUUUACUAAAUGCUCUUCAUCAUUAUACUAUUCUUUAAAACUUUUUUAAACUCUGCAUGCUUUUAUUUACAAUUUUAGUUGUAGAAUAUUCAGAAAAACAGCUCCUUUUUUCUUUUUUACUAAAUUUGACCAAGUUUGUACUAACUGAGCAUUUCUAUUAGGAACACCCAUUCAUCAUGAAAAUCUGCAAACACAAGGGUCAGAAACUCAAGUUAACGUUUACAUCAAACAUAAGGGAUAAAAAAAAUCAGCAGUUAGCUGUGGUGUGACUGUUGGUGACAGGAUAUUUCUGAAGCCACCAGUCUUCUACAUUUUGGCACCAGUCUAACAUUUAAUUAUGAGAAAGAAAAAAAAUGUGAGUAUAGACAGCUCUGUGAACUGAAACGAUGUUUCCUGAUCAUGGUUUGAAUGCCACAGCCAGCCCGAGUUGUUGGCCAGAAUUUACCACUACUGGUGGCACUUUUUAGCAGGAUAAUGUACCUUGGCACAAACCACUGGAUCAAGUUAGUUUAAGAGGACUUAAGAGGUUAAAAUGUUUACAACAUCAUAUGAAUAACUGAUGAUGUUUGAAAAGAAAAAAAGGCCCAACACAGUAUUGAUUCCCUGAUAACGCCCUCAGCAGGUUCAGUACCAGUACAACCAGUCUCUUCUUAACCAGCAGAUGGUGAUGUGUUCUUAACGACUUGUCCCAGAGUCUUUUUUGUCUUAUUUAAAGCAAUUUGUUUUGCCUUAUCGUUGAGAUUUGUUUACACAUAAACUUGCCUACUAGCAUGAUGCCAUAUAUAAAUGCUGCCAAGUAUAAUUCUCAGUCUGCCACAGUGAUUUGACAGAGAUGACUCUGGUCUUUACUGAUGUGGUGCAAUGCCUGUGGACGUGCCAUGCCUACCAACCAAACUGUGCCAUGUGUCCAUUUCAGUGUUUAAUCAGUGGUUGAACUGUCAAGUAAAACCUGGCAGGAACCAACAUACAGAGACCACUUGAAAAAAUGAGUUUUGUCCACUUUUAGCUGUUUUAGAUGUGACGUGAAAAGCAUUCAGACAACAGGGUUUUGUACUGGUGGAUCAUUGACGUUACCACAAAAUGAAACUCUCCUUCUACUGCUCAAUCAAAAUGUUCAGAGCUCACACCGGGAUUUCAUGUGAAGUUGUUGUAAAGUAACAGUCCUACAGGACUGUAUGUGUUUCUACCAUCAGGGAAGUAAUGACGUUCUUCCAAGGCAAACAUGUCCAGAACUGAAGUUUUGUUUUUUUUUGUUGCUUUUUUUUAAUCUGACAAAUAAAGUUUACUUCCUAAA